AUGGCAGCUGCCCUCAAGUCAUCGCCACGAGCAGUCGGUGGGGCAUUACGUCGCAACCCCUUCGCACCAGAGGUGCCAUGCCAUCGAUGUAUCGCUGCUAACGGGUACGUGGGCGGCUUCAAAGGCAACUGGGAGAUGGCGCCUAGCGGGCAGAAUCAGACGUCGAAGCUUGCUCUCUUGCGUGAGGAAGGUGUGUCAUUUGAUGAGGAGGGGUAUUUGGUCGGUCAGGCCGCCUGGUUCAGUCAAUUCAGGUCAUAA